CUGUGUUUUGUAUUUUACUCGUCUCUCUAGAUAAAGGUGGACUUCUUCUAUUCUACUCUACUGGUCCCAUAUGAUAUGGGUCUAUUAUAGUGGUUGACUUUGAACUGGCCCAACUAUGGUCAUGCUUAUGGGAAGCCACUAUGUGGUACUAUUGCUCCUACUCUAGAGGCCUGAUACAAAGGACACCAGCUGAGUUGUAAAGUGCAGUUACGACUGUAAUAAAGUCUGCGGAACGCAGUGUUUGUUUGCCGUCAGUCAGUCGAGCCGAGAUGGCGACCAGGAACAAUCUGCGUUUUAGAGCCGCGUCUCCUUUUCUGAAACUUUAAAAUGCUUCAAAUCAGCGCAGUUGGAUCGUAAAGGAAUGCACCUCGGUCAACACACGGUUGGAAAAUAUACACGUGGACAAAUCUCUCCCAACCGGAAGGAAAAAGGGUGUGUGAGGGUAGUAGAGAGGCUGAUUCUGCUGACUGAGGCACCAUGGUGGAGCCAGGGGACAGGGAGUUUGCUGGACAGAGGCUGGGGAUCCCAGAGAGUUUCGGGGUGUCUACCCUGGAACCAGGUCAGCGACCCCCAACCACGCCCCCAGGACGACAGGUCUCUAUCCGGGUACAGCUGCUGGACGACGUCACCGAGGUCUUCGACAUCUCACAACGAGCCCCAGCCAAGGCUCUGUUUGACCUGGUGUGUGUCCAUCUGAACCUGGCUGAAAGAGACUACUUUGGUCUCCAGUACCAGAACCCCAGGAGGAUGAUGGUCUGGUUGGACCUGCUGAAGCCCACCCUGAAACAGAUCAGACGUGAGUACUGAGAGGACCGCCCUGUAUAGUACUAGUGGAAUAUAGUACUGAGAGGACCGCCC